UGAGGGAAAGUCUCCGCUGCGAGUGGCGGUGCGCGUGGCUCUCCGCGCGGAUUGUUCCUGACAACGGCGUUUGUUUAUGCGAGCCGCGUUUUUGCAUUGAAGAAAAAAGAUACACGCCGGUGAAGAAACAGAAAGGUACAGGCUGUCGUUUCUGAAAGUUAAUUCAAAGCUCUCCGCACGUAGACACCACAGGAAGCGCAGCACAAACAGCUGGCUGGUGGAAGCUAACCACAAAGCUAGCCAGUCUGUCUGCGCUAGCGGCUCAGCACUAGCCACGAAACGACUAUUUGCACGCGGAUAUUAUUUUUGACCCGAUUUUUUUCCCUCUACAUGUGAUACAUUGGCGACAGGAACCGGUCUCGAUGGGGUUUUAUUGAUUAUCUUGAUUUACUAUGAGACUGUGGUGUGGCGGGUUCCUCGGCUGGGUUUGUGCAGAGUCUGUGGAAGACCACCGGCACCAGACGGAGGAGCAGCACUGCUAGGCGACAGUCACAUCGAAAUACCCCACUGAUAGGACACCGGCUGCUCCUGCAGUGAGUCAGUAUCAUGGAGGCAGGCAGCGGGGCUGCUGCAGUGGUGGGGAGUGCAGCGCUAGGACUGCUCGGAGCCACAGGAAGUCAUGACAUCUCUGACAGGGGACUGAGGCCUGGCCGCCACCCGGAAGAGGACGACCUUGUGCCUGAUCUUGCCAGGAGUAUUCACCCCCGGGAGAGACCUGACUGGGAGGAAACAAUCAGCGCUAUGGCACGAAGUGCUGAAGUUCCAGAGCUUUGCUCAGAGCCGCUGCUACGCUCCUGCAGCAGCACUGCCAGCAUGAAGGUCAAGAAUGUUAAGAAACUCUCAUUCACCAAGGGUCACUUCCCAAAGUUAGCAGAGUGCGCCCACUUCCACUAUGAAAAUGUUGACUUUGGGACCAUACAGCUGAGCCUCGCAGAAGAGCAGAGUGAAGUGACCCGGAAUGGCCUGGAGUCGAAAGAGCUGGUGUACCUGGUCCAGAUCUACUGUCAGGGACGAAGCUGGAUCGUGAGGCGGAGUUAUGAAGACUUUCGGGUGCUGGACAAGCAUCUCCAUCUCUGUAUCUAUGACCGACGGUUCUCUCAGCUACCAGAGCUGCCUCGAUUUGACAGCUUGAGGGAAAGAGCAGAGGCAGUAUCCCAGAUGCUGAUGGCUUACCUCUCCCGUCUCUCAGCAAUUGCUGAUAAUAAGAUAAACUGUGGGCCAGCCCUCACGUGGAUGGAGGUUGACAACAAAGGGAAUCAUUUGUUGGUGCAUGAAGAGUCCUCCAUCAAUGUCCCCGCCAUUGCAGCUGCUCACGUCAUUAAACGCUACAUUGCCCAGGCAGCUGAUGAGCUGUCUUUUGAGGUUGGAGACAUUGUUUCGGUGAUUGACAUGCCUCCUAAAGAGGAUACCACAUGGUGGCGAGGAAAACAUGGAUUUCAGGUUGGCUUCUUUCCCAGUGAGUGUGUGGAGCUGAUUAACGACAAGGUCCCUCAGUCUGUCACCAAUUCGGUGCCAAAACCAGCGUCCCCCUGCUCUGGUCUGCGGCCGGCCUCCUGGAGUCUGUUCCCACCCUAUUUGGAGAUGGAAAGUGUAAAGCAGGACAGUGCAUGGGUGCCCGACCCAUUAAACCCCUACAGGCUGAGCUCAGUGUCCAAGAAGCACGGGAAAUUGAUCACAUUCCUGCGCACCUUCAUGAAGUCCCGGCCCACCAAGCAGAAGCUGAAGCAGCGAGGGAUCCUCAGGGAGAGGGUGUUUGGCUGUGACCUGGGAGAGCACCUCCUCAACUCAGGCCAUGACGUUCCCCAGGUACUCAAGAGUUGCACAGAGUUCAUUGAGAAGCAUGGAGUUGUGGAUGGAAUGUAUCGACUCUCUGGGAUCGCCUCCAACAUCCAGAAACUGCGGCAUGAAUUUGAUUCAGAGCAGAUCCCAGACCUGACGAAAGAUGUUUACAUCCAGGACAUCCACUGUGUGGGCUCACUCUGCAAGCUGUACUUUCGAGAACUGCCCAACCCACUGCUUACUUAUCAGCUCUAUGAGAAAUUCUCAGAGGCAGUGUCAGCAGCUACAGAUGAGGAGAGGCUGAUCAAAAUACAUGAUGUCAUUCAGCAGCUGCCUCCUCCACAUUACAGAACCUUGGAGUUUCUGAUGCGGCAUUUGUCACGACUGGCAACUUUCAGCUAUGUCACCAACAUGCACAGUAAGAAUCUGGCCAUUGUUUGGGCUCCCAACCUGCUGAGGUCUAAGCAGAUAGAGUCUGCAUGCUUUAGUGGAACAGCUGCCUUCAUGGAAGUACGAAUACAGUCAGUGGUGGUUGAGUUUAUUCUCAACCAUGUUGAUGUUCUCUUCAGCCCUAAACUGAGCUCACUUAUCAGAGAGGGAGCAGGUCACAACUCUUUGUCUCGUCCUAAAUCGCUGCUGGUGCCCUCUCCUUCCACAAAGCUGCUAACGCUAGAGGAAGCUCAGGCACGCACUCAAGCCCAGAUCAACUCUCCUGUCACUGCAGAUAGCAAAUAUAUUGAAGUGGGUGAGGGACCUGCUGCUUUACAGGGCAAAUUCCACACAGUCAUUGAAUUCCCCACUGAGAGAAAAAGACAACCUAUAAAGUCAAAGAAGUCUCCAGUUGGUAGUUGGCGAUCAUUCUUUAACCUUGGCAAGUCUUCCUCUAUGUCUAAGCGCAAACUGCACCGCAACCCUAGUGAACCUAAUGAACUCAAAGCCAUGGCAUUAGCAGGAGGUAGAGGAGAUACUGGCACACUUCGAUCUGCCAAAAGUGAGGAGUCCCUCAGCUCACUACACAAUGUUGAAGGCGAGUCUAAAAUGUAUCGACCCCGGAGACCUCGUUCCAGCAGUGAUGCCUUGUCGACAUCCUUCAAUGGUGACUUGUUGGACAGCAGACAGCACUGUAAUUCUUAUGAUAACGUGGGCCAUGGAGACAGUGAUGGGGAUGACGGCCCAAUCUGUGUGCCAGCUCUUAUCUCUCCACCCCGCUCCGCUGAUGAUGUAGAUUUGAGUCCUCCUGACAUUGGCAUGGCCACUCUGGACUUUGACCCCAUGUCUUUUCAAUGCAGUUUGCCUUUGGCAGAGAGUUCUGUCCUUUCACCUGAAAUUGAUGCUGCAAGUCUGAAGAGAAGUCCUGGCAGUGCCAGUGACUCAGAGCCGGUUUCACCUCUCCGAGCGAAAGUCAUCAGCCCUUAUCAGUCUCCUGACCUCAGUCCAGCUAAGCAGAUGGCCUCUGCUGAGAAAGUUAUGUUUCAGUCUCCUGAGAGCAGUGAAAAGUUUUCCAUGUUGGCACCCUUAAGUAUCUCUGAACUUGUAGAUGUUUCCAUACCUAAUAAAGGACAAGAAAGCUCUGUGCUCCAGCCAGCUCCACCUUCUCCUUUAUCUCCCCAAGAUUCUCCUGCCAAAAUUAAUUCAUUGUCUUUAAAAUCCACUGAUCUGCCUUUGAGUGAAGCCAUUCAGCUAGAGCUGCUCUCUAAAUCUGCUUUGUGUGAGUGUAGACAGAGCAAAGAGGCAUCAGGGAAGGAAGCACUGGAACCAACACUGGCUGCCAAUGCCAAAGAGCAAGCAGGAGCUGUAGCUCUGGAUUCACCAAAGGGCACUGCUCCAGUAAGCUCUGUGUCCCUACUCCCUCCUCCUCCCCAACCAAAGAACGCUGCCCGCAUGCUGGCUUUAGCCUUAGCUGAAUCUGCUCAGCAGGCCACUAUUCUUUCGCAAAGGAGAUCCUCUGGACCUCCCACACCAAUCUCACCUCUCAGGCCACAGGAGUUUCUAGAAACACUUGACUGGCCACCCCCGCCCACCCUCCAAUCACAGACAUCCCAAGAGGAAGCUGUGGAUGUGCCACAGAUCCCUGCUACCUCUUCUUCACCUCCUCCCUGCACCCAAACUGCAACACUAACCCACUCAACGAGCCUGCCCCUCACCAUAGUAGACAGUACAAAGUCACCAAACACUCCCUGCAAUAGCGAGGAUAUUGUCACUCCAGUGGUGUCAAGCCAGAGUGCUCUUCCUGCCAGUGAACCUGUUCAGCUUCCCCCUACACACAAAAGUCCAGAGAGGCACCAGCCUUCUGUGGGCCAGACCCCAGUCAGCAUUGCAACCUGCAGCACCACCAGUGGUGCCACCACACCAACCACCAACAGACAGGAAUCCGGAGUCACACCACAACAAAGUUCUGAGGUUCACACCUCUGAAAGUGUCCUGCUACCACCAACCACAAAAUUCCCCGAGCAGCCAAUAGCUGUUCUCCAACCUCAGCGUCAAAUGCAAAGUCAACCUCAAAUGCACUUUCAAUCCCAUCCUCAACCACAGCCUCACUCUCAGUGUCAGCCUCAAACCCAGUCUAAGUCUCAGCCCAAUGCACGGAUUGCACCAACCCCAGCAGCACCCCAGGAGCCAUGUGGAGAAAGGCCUUGGGAAGCAAUAAAGCCUGUGAAUUCUCGAGUGGAAAGUGUUCCUCAUCACCACACUCAUGGAGUCACACCACCAAUCCCACCUGUUCGCUCAAUGGAAAGCAAAAUAGCAACAGCUGCCCUCUGUAAAACUGAGGCUGCCAGUGCAGCCACCUAUCAUGCAAUGUUGGCAGAGGCCUCUGUGCCUGGACCAUUGGAUGACACUCUGCCACAGUCUCAUCCAUCACAGCGCAAGUCUUCCAUUCAUCAGUCAGCUUAUGUUUACCGCUCUAAGGGAGAGACUGCGUUACUUGAGCCCACUGGGGAGGCCUACUACCAUCAGAGGGCUGCCCCUUCUGGGCCGUCAUCCAUGGGGUGCCAUUAUCGGCCUGAGAGCGUGCCUCCACACCUCUCUUACGUAUCUAAAUCGGAGCCCCAGAUUCCUUACAGAGCCCAUGGCGAUGGCCGCUAUAAUACGAUUGGACCAAGGUCCUUCCACCACUCUUUCAAAUCUCGUGGACCAAUGAGGGGGGAAUACAUUUCCCCAGGAUCAGUGCACCGCCAUGGCUAUAGCUCAGUGGACGGAGCUGCUGUGUACCCAACUAUCCGCAGAGUGCACUCUCUACAUGUGCCACCCACCGCCAUCCGUUCAGUGCCAAUAACUAGAACAGAGGUUCCUCCAGAAGAUGAGCUCUAUUACUGUCAGCGCCCGGUUUACCACUGCAAGUCUUACCAGCAGACCUCGCAAGCUGAAUAUCAUGUCACGCAGCUGCAGCCUUAUUUUGAGAACGGAAGAGUCCAGUACCGGUACAGUCCUUAUUCUGGCUCACAUCCUCUCAACGCUCCCUUUUAUGAUGUGGAUCCUUAUGGUACCAUCCGACUACGCCACAUCCAUUCUUUCAGUGGCCGUGAUGCUGCCGUGCACCUCAGCAGGGCAAGUGGCAAAUCAGGAGGCUAUCAGUACCUGUCACGGUAUGUCAUUCCUGUGAAAGAGCAUAGCUUUGUAAGCAGGGACAUGCCUCCUUACCAUGGCUCAAAGGGAGCUGUUUACUUCGCUUGGGACCCAGAGGAGGCGGAGAGGCUUCGCAUGCAUUCUAUUCGCAGAGAAAGUCGAGCCAGGCAAAAGGUGAAAGGGCCCGUCAUGUCUCAGUAUGACAAUGUGGGGCCCUACAUGCCAGGAGACAUCGGAGGAGUAGAAGUGCUACACUUGCGCAGUAAAUCAGAUCCUGGUAAAACUGUGUUGGUGGCUGCUGAAGGAAAGGAUGGGAGAUAUAGUGUAACUCCUGGAUCGCAGCAUGUCUCCAGACACUUGAUGUCAGAUCCGGACGUUCUGAUGUAUAUGGAAACGGAGAAACACGGCCAGGGAAAUGGAAUAGGAGACAAAGUUGCUACGUCAAAGCAAAGUAGCUCCAGAACCUAUCCGUCUAACCAUUCACAUCAUUCACAGCCUCCCCCACGGAGCCUGCAUCUAUCAGAAAGUGGACAUCUCGAGUCAAAGUUUGAAACGGGAGACAAGCAGCUAACCAGUAAACACUGGCAGGAACACCCAGACAGCAGAAGUUUCCAGCCUCGAUAUGAUCGUCCAGAUCCAGAUCGGCACAUAGGCAGGGUCAAAACCACCAGCGGCAGCAGUGAAGAUGACCAGCAGGCAGCCCCUGUGAAACCAGUUCCUCCUCCAAAGCCAGAGAGAUCGCAUAGUGUUAGAGAACGGCCACACUACAACCAGUCUAACCCUCCGUCUCAUGUACAGGAUAGCUUGGACCAAGACCAUGCUGGAUCCUAUUCUCACCCACCACACGGACAAAGACAAACUCUGCAAUCCCACUAUGAUAAUCUGGAUGAUUAUCAUCCAGUACCUCAUUCACAAUCCUCCGUGCUAAACCGAGGAGGCUCAAGCUCCUAUCAUGCCCCUGGGUACUCCGCCUCCCACAGUAAUCGAGCAUAUUCCACUGCCUUGGGACAGGGUGCUUUUAUUCAAGCUGAGCUUGCCAUGCAGAGGCCCGAAGCAGAGAUUAAUGCAGAGUGAGCAGAUGUUUAACAGGCUAAAGGGUUUGGAUGUUGAUAACAGUUUCCGAAUUAAAGUUUAGCAGCAGCCUCUGCAGGACAGUGGACUGUCUCAUGACUGUAUCCAUUUAAUUUCAGUUUUUUUUAUUGUGUUAACAAUAUGUAAAGGACUUUUUAUGGAACUGAAUGUACCAUGAUUCAGUAGUGUACAAAGCCACAUUGUGAUAGUAAGAAACGUGGCAGUCAGACUGUAAAUACUGUAUGUGAUUGACAAAUGGUACAUGCACCUGAACCAGAAAGGUAAUGUAUAUCUGACAAAAUACUACUGGUUAUAAGGGAUUUUUUAUGUUCUGUUUUGUUAUAUUAGAAUUGCUUGGGGUUGGGCAUAAUUGGGGGGGAUAAAGGUUUGCAUUUUAGAAAUGCAUGUAAUCUAUCUCUUACAGAACAGUUCUGUGUACCUUGAUAUCCAUUGUGUACUUUUGAAUGUUACAGUAACAGUGGAGGAGAACAUCUGUGUUAACAUCAUACCCCCCACUACUUUCAGUGUACACAACUAGGUGGUACGUUAACCUGUACUUCUCUGCCUUUGGGUUGGGGGCCCAAAAUGUGCAAUUUCACCUUUUGUUCUCCAACUGUGCCAUUACUAUUAUACAGUGUAUUUUUGCUAUGAACCGAAUUCAACAUACUAGAUUUUAAUGAACUGUGUUUGGUGAGGAUAUUCUGUCUUCAGAAGGACCAAAUAAUGAAUGAGACUUGUAACUGAGGAAGCAUUCCUGCAGCUGUGUUGGUUAAUGACUGAGCUUGAGAGUGCCAGCAUGAAUCAGCAGAGAAAACUGUUGAGUCUUGUUUUUUUUUUUUUCCCCACUUGAGAACUUGGCAAGGGAAACAUGAUACUGACUGAGUACUAGUGAUUGAGUUUCGCAGUUUUAACGCUUUAGUCAGACAACUUUUAAACCAGCACCUUAAUGACUUAUAUUUAAAGAUGUUUUUUCCAGCGAAUACAUUUCAUGUAGACACAUUUUACACCAGAAUUUGAUAUUCUUUCAUUAGGAGCCACUCUACCCGAAUGAUUUGUCAGGUAUUGUAUCAGGGGCCUCAUUCAGAAUAAGAACCCUGUCAGUCCAUGUAAUCCUAGUCAGUGCUAUGUAAAAGGCACAAGCUGAUCCCAGAUCCCAGCAUUCUUACUCUGAGCGCAUGGUCUGCAUAAGGAAUAGAAAGUUAAAUUUCCCAAAUAAUAAUAAUAAUAAUAAAUUAUUAAUAAAUUAAUAAUAAAACUCUUAAAAAGUGGUUCAUGAUGAGGGGGACCUGUUCAUAUUGUUUGCCACAUCAGUUGCAUGUUUCUGUUUUGUUCAAUUUGUUGUAUAGAUGAAACUUCAUUCUGCAUAACAGUAUGUUUAUAUCUGUAAUUCAUUGGAAUAGGGUCAGGAUAAUUGGUGAAAUUAAAAUUGACCUAUUACAUGUCAAUGAUUAUAAGUAGUGUUGCCCUGCCUCAUAUGUCUCUCCAAAAGUCUUAUUGAAUAGUUUUCAUUUUUAUGGACACUUUCGUGAUUCAUUAACAUGCCUUGUUUUGUUUUUUGUUUUGGUUUGGAUUUUGUAAGACUGUGAAAAGGAUGGUGGUCUAGUUUAAAAAAAAGAGCUAAAUAAAAGCAUAUGUAUAGUAUUUUACGGGACCAAACUGAAAUCCUAUCUGAUUAAUAUGUGUUUGGAUCUUCCACUCCAGCAUGCCCCCUGGAGGUAAAAUGUGAAAUGUAAGGGCCUUAUUCAGUCAAGCCUCCUAGAUCCCUCAGUGAACUGUUCCUGCCAGUUGGUAAGUGAUAAUCACAGUAGUGUUUAGCACUUCAUGGUACAAAAUAUUCCAUCUGAACAUUCCUGUUCUUGAUAGCCAUUCAGGAAAAUUAGUGUGGCCAUACGUGUUUAUUUUUUCAUCUGGCUGGGAUUUCUGAAUUCCUUAAUAUAUCUGGGAUUUGGCUUUGCUUACAUGUUGACUGUCCUCCUGCCCCCAGUGUUUUUUGCGAACCAAAGUAUGGUCACCCUAAGAAAAGACAUCUGCACACCUUAAUGACACUCUGUUUUAAACAUACAGUAUUGGUUCACAUUAUCCACAAAUCCUAUAGUUUAUUAAUCAGGCUUAGUCUUGAUUGAAUUUGGCCCUUAGUUGCUGUGCAAAGCAGCCCAUUGAAGUGUGAUGGGCUCAGAUUUUGUCUCACAAAUGGACAUACAAGUAAAUUUCCCCCGAUCCUUACUAACAUGUCUCGGAGCCACCUAGUUGUGUGCUAAAUGUGAAAACAUCUUUUUGUAAGUUCAAGUAUUAAAUGUUGAGUCCUAUUGAUGAAUAAUAUGAUCAAAAUUAUUCACUGGUUAAAUAUAUAUUUAUGCUAUUUGUGUUUUACAUUUGGAUCAUUUCAGUGUUACCUUUACAAAUACAAAUAAACCUCAGUCUAGCCAGAGGAACC